AUGACUGAACCGAUUGCGAAGCCCGCGCCGUUCCGGCCGCAAGAUCACCUCAAACCAUUCCCACCACUAUCAUCAACAUCCCAAUUGAAACAAACCUCGAAUCAAGAACCCGAGCCGAAUGGAACAGCCCACACCAACAAAGACACCGAUGAAACCAACGAUGAAACCGUCCCUCCUCUCCCCGUCGUGAUCGCACGCAUCCAUGCCCGCGUGCAAUCCUUUUUAAACGAAUCUCACGCUCCGGACACGCUGCUAGCCUCGGUGCAACGGCAAACGCGGAUCUCGCUAGAAGUAGUCAGCACCGCACUCCAGCGAUACAAGCUCUCGGAACUAUCCGUCUCCUACAACGGCGGCAAAGACUGCUUAGUCCUGUUAAUUCUGUUUCUGGCCGGGUUGCAUCCAACGCGCGCCCGCAAUGAAUCUCAUCCCUCCGAUGCCGAGGCAAAUGUAAAUGCAAACGACACAAGCCCCUCCGCAGACCUCGACACUGAGGCCCAAAUAGCCGCUGCGACGGUUAUUCCGGCGAUAUACGCACUCCCGCCUGAUCCCUUCGAUGAAGUCGAAGACUUCGUCAUCUCAUCGGCGGAAGCCUAUCACCUCGCUAUUACAAAGUAUACGACUGCGCCGCCGGCUUCGACGCUCCGCUCUAGCUUUGAGGAUUAUCUGGCGCGGCACCCUGGGAUUCGGGCGAUAUUUGUUGGUACGCGGCGAACGGAUCCGCAUGGAGCGCAGCUGACGCACUUCGAUCGGACGGAUGGGGGUGGCCGGAUUUUGUGCGCGUGCAUCCCGUGA